AUGGCGCCCGCGCAAGAAGAGCCUCGGAAGAAGGAAGAUCCCGCAAAAUCAGCAAAGGAAGAAGACGAUGACCCAUUGGACGACCUGUCCGACGCUUUCCAACUCCUCAGCCAUGGCCACAGAGAUAUGAUCGCAACAACCGCUUUCAACUACUACGGCGAUCGCUUUGCAACCGGCUCCGUUGACGGCAAGAUCAAAGUCUACAAUAAGAAUAAUGCCGGUAAUUGGGUUCUCUGCGAUACGUGGGGAGCUCACAAUGCCGAAGUCUACCAAAUCCAAUGGCUCCACCCCCAACUGCACCCCAACCUCAUCGCCUCCGUGGGCGCCGAUGGCCGCUUCAGACUCUGGGUCGAAGACCCAACCAUCGCGCCCAACAAAGGCCGACGCUUCAACUCGCACUCCAACAAGCCGGUCUGGGAACUGCGCGCCCCGUCGCGAGCCCCCUUCCUCUCCUUCUCCAUGACCUUCAACACCGAGACGCGGCACACGUACCUCGCGGUCAUCAACCGCAACGCCCAGCUCGCCGUCUUCGAGAACGACCAGCCGGAGAACCUCGAGAACUGGAACGAGAUGGAUAAGGUUAACGUGUGUGAUAAGCCGGCGCGUGGAGAAGAAGUGAGCUUCAAGGUCAUGUUUGAUCCGAAUCUCGAGCCGUGCUACAACGCUCUCCGCUUGGGAGUUCCACGGGAUUCAUUGGCGGUGGUGGUGGCGAGCAUGAACCGUGCUAGUCUGUGGCGCACGAAGGAGAUCUCUCACAGCGUCACGCUCGGCUCGUCGACAUCGAAGGAGUUUUAUCUGGCGUGCAGGUUUGAUGGGCAUAGGAGCUUGGUGAGGGACAUUGCGUGGGCGCCGGGUAAUAUUAGAGGGUAUGAUUUUGUGGCUACGGCGUGCAAGGAUGGGUUUGUUCGGGUCUUUAAGGUUGAGACGCCGGGCAAGGCGGGCGAGGAACCGCGGAGUAAGGAUUAUGCGAAGCUUCCGGAAAAGGUUGUGGUUCCGCAGUCGGCGGCUGAGAAUGGUGGGAGAAAUACGCCUUCUGGUAUUGGAGCUGGAUUGGCGAAUGCCAGACCGGGACCAAGUGGCUCGAGGGCACCAGAGAAUCAGGGCAAGGAGGGAGAGGUGCUUCAUGUUGCGACUGAGGUCUCGAAGAUGGCUGCGAAUAGGGUUCCGUGGAAUGUCGACUUUGAUCACGAUGGUCAGGUAUUGGGCUCAACUGGUGAUGAUGGAAAGCUCAUUUUGUGGAGACGAGAACCCAGUGGGAUAUGGAGCAAGUCGUCGGAGUUGGCAAUGGCAAUGUCUGUUGCGUCCUAA